AUCAUCCAUCAGUCUAGCGCAGUCGAAAAGAAAAGACGAAUGUGUUUUGUCGUCGCGUUCGCGUUCGAUACUCGCGAGUGGAGGUCUAGUGAAUGGGAUUUUCUUUCGUUUGACACACAAACAAGAACACAAGAAAAUUGUGCGAUUUUGUAUGUACUCUAUUGUCCGAAUGAGGUGGAAGUGAAAUUGAGUGGGGGUUUUGAUUACGAAGUGUAUUUCCUUACGAACAACUAGACCUGAAAAGUCAUCAAAAGCAGAGCCAUCUCAGUCGUCAUCAUCAGGAGCAGGCGAAAUUUCAGGACUAUUAAACCCAAUCAUCUCCAUACCGUACCAUCCGGUGGAAACCUGUACCCUCCCUUGCGGGUUGGUGUUGGUUUGGUCGCAAGCGGAAUCGGAACACACACGGUCCUACCGCUGGAACCACACGGCACAAAGACCAACAGCAAAAGUGACAGUUCCCCUUACUUAUGUGUGAUCAUCAUCAUCGGGGCCAAGAAGACCAAGACCACUCCAGUUAGGCAGAGCCAGUCGAGUCGACCAGCCCAGAGCACCAGCAGGAGAGUAGCCUAUAAUAGUGAAUGCGAGUGAUGUUGUAAGCAUUUUUUUUGUCCUACCUAUUUUGUGUGACACGGAGGUGGAAAUUGUGCAAAAAGAAAAUCGAAGGUGAUUAUCGUCGGGGAGAAAAGUUUGCCAGAGUGAAAAUUCGCAGCAGUUAGGUUUUGGCACCGGGGAUAUCUGGUGUAGUAUUCGGUUUUGCGGAGUAAGGUUCAAACACAAGGAGUUCGUGGGCGAAAGGAGCACCUAAAUCCUUGAGUAUUGAGUAAAGAAGGCGUAAGUGCCCCAGAGUGUAGUGUCUCACUGGUAGUGUAGAGAAAGAGUGUCUGUGCAUAGUAUACACGAAUGGGGCUGCUGCAGUUUAGUGCAAUCAGUAUAAAUUUGUGAGCUAAAUUGCGAAGCAAAAAAAAGGGUGCCCCGUUGUGCAAACGAGCUCGAAUCAAGGAGGGGCUAAGGUAAUAAAAUAAGUGCAAUCACUAUUGCAAUCUGGCAAAGUGGUGUGGAAGAACGGGAGAAAAAACAACCUAAAUUGGUGAAGUCUUUUUUCUACUAAGAAGCAGUGAAGUUACUGGAUUUAGUGAACAUAUAAACCUCAGGAGAACUGAAGAAAAAGGUGGCAAGGAAAUUACGCACAGGAGGGGCCUUUGCUGGCUGAUAUCAUUCUUCUUCAAGGUGGACGACAUCAGUCUGCGUCGUGUGAUUCUCCGUCAUCGCAUCCAAAAGUCAAUCAGCGACGCGGCCGAGAGCGAGAAUAACAUUCAAGUUGCGAAAAUGCGGCUCCCUCGCCGGGUGAACUAAAAAGUGGAGACUCGCAUGCUCUCGAUAACUGCGGCCUGCUCACUCACCUGCACGACAGCUCCGUCGUCGUGAUUAGUGGAGCUCUGAUAGAGCUUGAUUUAGUGCCGGAGACAGUCACGGGAGCAGAAGUAGCACUAGUAGCCGUACUCCGAGGACCACCCCGACGACAGAAUGCCGCUGCCGAAGCGGUUGGUUCAGCCGGUGUACGUCGCACGGUCGGUGUACGUACGGGAGGAACUUCCGGCCGAGCUUGAAACCGUAACGAACACCACCCUGACCAACAUUGUGCGCCAGCUGUCGUCGUUGUCCAAACACGCCGAGGAUCUGUUUGGCGAGCUAACACGGGAUGCCGGCAAUCUGGCGGAGCGGGCUAAUUCGCUCCAGGCACGGAUCGAUAGGCUAGCAAUUAAGGUGACCCAAUUAGAUAGCACGGUGGAGGAGGUUUCAUUGCAGGACAUCCAGCUAAAGAAGGCCUUCAAGAGUGCCACCGUGUUUGAUCAGCAGAUAUUCUCCCGGUCGACGAUGCCGACCGCUAUGCUGGAAGUGUAUCAGGCUUGCGACAAACCACCUCCACUUGAUAAGUUGAACUGCUAUCGAGACGACGGAAAGGAUGGUCUCAAAUUCUACACCGACCCGAACUACUUCUUCGAACUAUGGCGACAGGAGAUGCUGAAGGACACGGAACGGGUGAUGCACGACCGCGGCAAGAAGGUCCACAAACCGCGAGGCCCUGACGGAGCGGAUGGUGGCCGGCAGAAGAAACGACCACGGGCACCGCACAAUACCCGCGAGAAACAGCGACAACGGGCCAUCGGCCAUGGAGAAACCCUAAUGCCAAACAAUGUAAUCUACCGAACGCCGAGUGCGAUCGCACAAGCUAACGAGGAAGCUAUCUACAACCAGACCAUGGGUGGCAAUAUUAUCUACGAUCCGCGAAAUGCCGGACCAGCACGACCAAAUUCCAUCGAACUGCGAAGAAGUUACCAGCCGGAAACCGUGGACGGAGGAUACGCACCUCCCUCGCCGCACUACCAACAGCAACUAUCCCAACAAAACAAUUACCAACAGCAACCAAUGUACGACGAGUACCCCAACCAACAGAUGUACGGAAACAACACAAGCCAAAUGUCCCAGGAAAGUCUCUACGCGCCGGGUACUCCUUCGCGGUCGAAAUCUCGGCCAUCGCAACCCCCACCUGCCCCGCCUUCGACCGGAAGUGGCGGAGGAACUCCCAACGUUUCGAAUGCCAAUACUCCUACUCGAGGUCGAAGUAUGUCCACCGGAAGGGACAAUCUACCACCUCCGCCACCCAUUCCAGAGGGACUCCAGUCACCGCCAGGCAUUCCCAACGGAGGCACCAACGUCGCAGCUAAGCUUCUAAAUCGCAACAAUUCGAGAGCGGGCUCUCCUCAAUUAGGUGCCAACGGACAACCAAUUCAGCCACAGCAGCAGAACCAGAUGGGAGGUCUUCAGCAGCACCAAUCCGGUGGCAUGGUUGACCAGAAUCAAAUUGCACUGGCACAACUAAACCAGCAGAUCAACAAUCUAAACACCCUCAAUUUGCAGCUGAAUCAGCUGUCGAUGAACGAUUUGCCACCGCCGCCACCGAUUCCGGAACAGCUAUCUCCCAAACAGUCGCCGCCGAAUGUGGCACCGCCUCCGCCGCCACCACCACCUCCACUACUGGACGGCCCGCUGAGUCCCUCGAAACUUCCGCUGACCAAUGGGGACGUCAUGAGUGGUGGCGGCAUGCCCAACGGCACCCUCAUCAUGGGUCAAAUGCACCAGCUGAAGAAAAUUCCACCCCAGGAGAAGAUCGCCUACGAAGAUCCCCGAUCCGAUCUGAUGAAGGCCAUUCGAGACGGAAUCAAACUACGCAAGGUGGAGCAGCGGAACGACGCCAAGGAUAACGACCGGACCAUCGAGCGGUUACACGACGUGGCCUCGAUCCUGGCGCGGCGCGUGGCCAUCGAGCUGAGCGAGUCGUCCGAUUCGGAGAGCGACGACGAUAGCGAGGGCUGGAUGGAGAACGAAACGUCCGCAUGACAGCACGAGAACAUGGCCGCGUCGACCGGAACGGCCGUCGCUGCCGGCGGUGGUAAGAAGAAGUAAUCGCCGGAUAUUGGGCGAUGGGAUCGUACAUAGAUAGAGUGGGGUUCUUUGACAGAAAUGGGUUGGAUUCAUCAUCGGAAGCGAAUGUUAGAUGUAAUAGGCAAGAAUAUGGAAAUAUGAAGGUGAUUAGACAAUGUAUGCGCAGUUGGUUCAAGAGUUUAGUUUUGCCAAUGGCAUUUUCCUUGAGAAGCAGAGUCUAAUUAUUUUCAAUUUAUGGUUUAAGUAGCCAUGCACAUAAACAAUUCCAGCAAUGAACAAACCUCACAAACAGCACAUCGAGAGGGCUGAACAAUUGAGUACUGACAUGAGUUUAAUUCAAACAUGGUUUGACUAAAUCUCUAGAUAUGCUCCAUCAGUUUACACUUAGUUUUAAUGCUCCGAAUCAGCACUUUUCAACUCGACUGUCUGGAAUGCUUG